AUGGCUUCCACACAUCAAUACCCAGUCGAGCGAUCCAAGGUGUCACUCAGAGACCAAGCUCACAAGGACAAUCUCGCAAAUUGGGAGCCCAUACUAGAGAAGUACGAGAAUGCGCUGCAACAAGUAUCCAGUGAGGGUACACUUGCCUCGCUUGAGAGGCAUCAGACCCGAGGCCAACUUCUUCCAAGAGAUCGCAUUGCGUUACUUCUCGAUCAAGACUCUCCAUUCUUAGAGCUCUGUCCGUUUGCUGGCUUUGGGAAUGCCAAUUCGACGCCUUCUGCCAACAUUAUUGCUGGUAUCGGCACAGUGAGCGGAAAGAUAUGUCUUCUCAUGUCGCAUAUACCCACACAGAGCGGCGGAGCUUGGAACGAGAUGACUGUUGUCAAGGUGAACCGCAUUUUGGAGAUAGCCUCCGAGAACGAUCUCCCCCUCAUCUCUCUUGUCCAGUCUGCCGGAGUAUUCCUCCCGCAACAAUUCCGAGUUUUCCACAAAGGUGGCCAACUCUUCUACGACCUCGCCAACCGCUCAUUCCAAGGCAAGCCGUCGUGCGCCAUCGUCUUUGGGUCUUCAACUGCCGGUGGAGCAUAUCACCCUGCUCUGUCCGACUAUAGCAUCUUUGUGGAGAAUCAGGCUCAGGUCUUUCUUGGUGGUCCGCCGCUGGUCAAGAUGGCUACUGGAGAAGAGGUCGAGGCAGAGGAGUUGGGUGGUGCUAAUGUUCAUGGGUCAAAGACUGGACUUGCCGAUCAAGUCGCGACAGAUGAGUUCGAUGCGAUUCACAAAGCCAGGGAUUGGGUCGCCUCUCUCAAGAUCAAGCAGCGAUUCCUCAAGACCAACGGUGAAAUCUCGAAUCCUCUUCCUCCACGGUAUCCCAUCGAUGAUAUACUUUCCUUGGUAAAUCCCGAUAUUCGAAAGGCAUUUGACAUGAAGGAGGUGGUGUUGAGACUUGUCGAUGACUCGAGACUGGCCGUCUUCAAGCCCAAGUAUGGUGUCAACAUUUUGACGACUUGGGCACACAUCAUGGGCUUUCGGGUGGGAAUUGUGGCCAACCAGAUAUCCGUCAUCAACCCCGAUGAAGCCCUCAAAGCCGCCCAGUUCAUCCGGCUCUGCAACCAAGAGGGUACGCCCAUCAUCUUUCUCCACAACGUCACAGGUUUCAUGGUAGGCACCAAAGCCGAACACUCUGGCAUCAUCAAGGCCGGAGCGCAGCUCGUCUCCGCAGUUUCGUGCUCUCAAGUUCCUCACAUCUCCAUCAUCAUGGGGGCCUCCUACGGCGCUGGCAACUACGCCAUGUGCGGUAGAGCGUACAAACCUCGGUUCAUCUUUACUUGGCCGACGGGCAAGUGUAGCGUCAUGGGACCUGAUCAGCUGGCUGGCGUCAUGGAGCAGAUCCAGUCGAAGAAGGCUCGGCCUGAGGGAGAAAAGGAGUCAGCGGACAAGGUUCAGGAAAAGACGGCGCAGUUUAAGCGCCAGGUUCAAAGGGAUGCUGAGAGCUACUCUACGAGCAGCAUGCUUAUUGAUGACGGAAUCAUUGAUCCCAGAGAUACGAGGGAAGUGUUGGGUAUGUGCUUGGAGAUUGUUUCAGGAAACGACAAAUCUGCUGGUCAAGGGUUCAGAGCUCUUGCGAGAAUAUAG